AUGCUUCGCUAUCCCUCCCGUGCGCUGCCCCACUUGUUGCCCGUGCGUAACAGCUGUGGCACGCUGAGGCAUCCAGUCCUCUUCACCUCUAGCCGCCGCUUCACGGAUAAGGUGCUGAUCGGCUCGUGCUCCUCGCUCUUCACGUGCUCCACGACGACAGGGCUCUUCCAUCUUCUGGUCACCCCUAUCAGCCCUUCCGUUGCCUUGGCAACGCUGGCGACAGCAGCGGCGAGCGGUGCCUUGUGCGUCGUCGACGGCGGCAGCUUGAACGGCACGACUUUUGGCGCCGUUGUUGGCAUCUUUGUUGGCGCCAUGGGGGGCUUCUACGCCAAGUCGCAGAAGGAGCCGUGGCGCAAGUAG